AUGUCAGCAGGGACACGCCUGCUCGCCCCACUAGAAGCGGUGCCCGCCCGGUCCGCCAGCGCUCGAUAUGUCUGCUCAACUUGCAGGCGCCAAUUCGUCCCGCGCUACCCGUUGCAGCCCCUAACCGCCUACCAAAGCCGCCGACACAAUUCAUCCGACAGCAAGAGUCUACCAUUCACCGAAAAGGUUCGCCGAAAAAUUUGGGGAACGGAUAACCCUCCUGGGCUGGAAGACCCUUAUGGCGGCGAGAGCUUUCUUGAAAAGAGAUUGCGCGAGAAGCGCGAGGCCAAAGCUGGCACACGACCAGAUUCGGAUCUUGUACCAGAAGUGAUUCCUGAGGAACAUGAGCUGUCUUCUGAGGCCCCUAUACCUACUCCGACGGAAGAAUAUGUUCCGGCAAUGACUUGGGAUGGGUUGGAACAUGUUGGGACGUCGGGCAGCUGGCGGGAGUCUCCGCCUUCCAGCGCCGAUCUUGGGACUUCGUUUAUACCCGAAACCAAAGUUUUGACCAGAGACGAGAUCCUUACGGCUCUUCACCAAACUGCUGUCGAACUGUGCAUAAUGAAGGGGCUUAACAAGCCUCUACAGGAUAUUUGCAACGUUCUAAUGCAUGAGGAUAUGAUUCUCGCGCUUAUCAAUCGUGUUGAGAUUAAACCGUCGAGUCAAAUAGGCAUUGAUGCCCUUAUCUUUCCUAGUGAUGUUUCGAAAGAGGCGUUGCUAGAAUUUUUCCGUGAUUUUGAUAUGGAGCAGGGAGAUAAGGUAUCUGAGGUUGUUGAAGAGUCCGAUGCCACCGCCGACCCCGCCGCUGCUACUGAUGCUCCUUCCGCAGCACCCAGCAGGCUGGCAGAUCUUGAAGUCACAGAUACGGAAAUUCGAACACCAAAGCAGCUAGAGUUCUUGUUUCUGCCUCUAGAUGACCCAGAAAUUCGAUUUGCUUUCCUAAAACGCGCCAGCCAGCUCACUGGAUACCGCAUUCCUGACCCUGAGCUCCGCUCCAUGACCAGAGUCUCCCGCCUUUGUGACUUCCUUACCGCCGCAACGAAGCCUGAGCCAGAAAAACUGGCCGAUAUCCUGAUUGCUGAAGGCAAAUAUGCCUCACUUCCAAACGUCAAGAUCUUUGACAGGAGGCAGACUCCCAUUGAUCAUGAAAAGGAAAUUGGCCGAUGGAAGAUUAUCACACAGGAGCUCACAAAGAGACAAUUGCCUGUUACAGGACGAGCCAAGAACUAA